GAAGACGCUGAGCAAGUAGAACCACAUGGAACGUUAUCAGGAAGAUCCAAAGGGAAUGUUUCCGGGCGUUGUGCACUCCCAGAAAAAGCCAAAGCCUGUGAGACGCAGCAGAAGCCAGAGGAAAACUACAGUAGCUACUCAGACCUUAUAACCCGCGACAGAAUCCACUUGGAAGGGAGACGCUACACAUGCCAUGAGUGCGGGAAAAGCUUCAGUGGGACCUCUGCCCUUAUCAGACAUCACAGAACCCACACUGGAGAGAAGCCCUACACGUGCUCCGAGUGCGGGAAAAGCUUCGGUCAGCACUCAACCCUUAUCACGCAUCAGAGAAUCCACACAGGAGAGACGCCCCACAUGUGCUCGGAGUGCGGAAAAGCUUCAGUGAUCAUUCAGCCCUUACCACACAUGAGAGAGUCCACACAGGAGACGCCCUACACGUGCCCUGAGUGUGGGAAUAGCUUCAUUGAUAGUUCAAGCCUCAUCUCACAUCAGCGAAUCCACACAGGAGAGACGCCCUACACAUGCUCUGAGUGCGGGAAAAGCUUUAAUCACAGCUCUACCCUGAGCAAACAUGGAAGAAUCCACACGGGUGAGAAACCUUAUGGAUGUUCUGAGGCGAAAAGCUUUAGUCAGCGUUCAGACUUUAUCACGCAUCAGAGAACCCACACAGGGGAGAAGCCCUACACGUGUUCUGAGUGUGGGAAACGCUUUGGUCAGCACUCAACCCUUAUCGCACAUAAGAGAAUCCACACAGGGGAGACGCCCUACACGUGCUCUGAGUGCGGGAAACACUUCAGUCAGCACUCAACCCUUAUCACGCAUCAGAGAAUCCACACAGGAGAGAAGCCCUACAUGUGCUCUGAGUGUGGGAAAAGCUUCAGUGGGACCUCUGACCUUCUCACACAUCAGAAAAUCCACAGUGGAGAGAGACCUUUCAUGUGCUCUGAGUGCGGGAAAAGCUUCAAUCGGAGCUCUUCUCUUAUCACGCAUUGGAGAGUCCACACGGGUGAGAAACCGUAUGGAUGCUCUGAGUGCGGGAAAUGCUUCAAUUGGAGCUCCCAUGUUAUCAGGCACAGGAGAAUCCACACCGGUGAGAAACCUUAUGGAUGCUCCGAGUGCGGGAAACGCUUCAAUCGGAGCUCACACCUCAUCAGACAUCGUAGAAUCCACACGGGAGAGACGCUCUACGCAUGCUCUGAGUGCGGGAAAAGCUUCAAUCAGAGUUCUGCCUUGAUCACACAUCAGAGAAUCCACACUGGGGAGACGCCUUAUACGUGCUCCGAGUGCGGGAAAAGCUUCAAUCAAAGCUCAAACCUUAUCAGACAUCAGCGAAUCCACACGGGAGAAACGCCCUACGCGUGCUCCGAGUGCGGGAAAAGCUUCAAUGACAGCUCAGCCCUGAUCACACAUCAGAGAAUCCACACGGGAGAUAAGCCAUAUGGAUGUCCCGAGUGCGGGAAACGCUUCAAUCUGAGCUCAACCCUUAUUAGACAUCAGCGAAUCCACACGGGAGAAAUGCCCUACACGUGCUCCGAGUGCGGGAAAAGCUUUAGUCAGCGCUCACACCUUAUCAUACACCGGAGAAUCCACACCGGAGAGAAACCCUACACGUGCUCCGAGUGCGGGAAACGCUUCAGUGAUAGCUCAGCCCUCACCACACAUCAGAGAAUCCACACAGGGCUCCAGAGGCGAUCCUGGCAGUUAGAGGCUGGUCCGCCUAACGUCAGUGCCAGGCGCAUUGGUUGAAAACCGUAGUAACCGACAGAACGAUGAGAGAGACAGAUGAAAACGAUUUGUUGGGUAAGAGUCAACAUGGGUUUUGUAAAGAGAAAUCGUGCCUCACCAAUCUAUUAGAAUUCUCUGAGUGGGUCGACACACAUGGACAAGGGGGAUCCAGUGGAUUAGUGUACUUGGAAUUUCAGAAAGAUUUUGACAAGCU